AUGGCAAAUCGCUUGGAAGACACAGAAACAGGACAAUUUUGGUUGCUUCCUGUUCAUAUUGGAUAUCAUUGGAUGCUAGUAAUAAUUGAUCCAUUGCGUGAUACAUGUUAUUGGCUUGAUCCAAUUAGACUACCCCCACGAAACGGAAUUAAAAGUCUAAUGGCAAUGGCUUUUGAUUACUACAAUACCUCCAAAAAUAGGCAACCAAAAGAGAUUACAUGGAAAUCUAUAAAGCAAUCUACAACUAUAGAAAGCUUGAAGCGAUUUUGUCGUGCUGUUGUCGAGGUGUUUGGAGCCCACUAUCUCCGAUCACCUAACGUUGAUGAUGUUGCAAGACUACUCCACAUUGGUGAACGUCGAGGUUUUCCAGGAAUGUUGGGAAGUUUAGAUUGUAUGCAUUGGAAAUGGAAAAAUUGCCCAACUGCUUGGGGAGGACAAUAUGCCGGUCGUAGUGGGUCCCCAACUAUUAUUCUUGAAGCUGUAGCUGACUAUGAUAUCUGGAUAUGGAAUGCAUAUUUUGGUUUACCAGGAUCUAAUAAUGACCUUAAUGUGCUGGAGGCAUCCCAUCUUUUUGCUAAUCUUGCUGAAGGUAUUGCUCCACCUGCUAAUUUUGUUAUUAAAGGAAAAGAGUAUAAUAUGAGUUAUUAUUUAGCUGAUGGUAUAUAUCCAAAAUUGUCUACUCUUGUUCAAAUUAUUCAUGAUCCACAUCAUCCAAAAAAUAAAUUGUUUGCAAUGAAACAAGAACCAUGUAGAAAAGAUGUGGAAUGUGCAUUUGGAAUACUGCAGUCUAGAUUUGUAAUUAUUGCUGGACUGGCACGUCUUUGGAAUAAAAAAGUAUUACAUGAUAUAAUGACUUCAUGUAUUAUUAUGCAUAAUAUGAUAAUUGAAGAUGAACGUGAUAUUAAUGCAUCAAUUGAAGAGCGAGUCGAAGUGCCAAGUCUAGAAGUUUAG